AUGAAUGAUCCGAAUGGGCUUGUUCAUUAUGAUGGUGAAUGGCAUCUUUUCUAUCAACAUUAUCCUCACCAACCUAGACCAAUGAAUAUUCAUUGGGGUCAUGCAGUUAGCAAAGAUUUGAUUACCUGGAUCGAUCUGCCGAUUGCGAUAAAACCUGAAGAUGAAAAAGUUGGUAUUUGGUCAGGUUCAGUUGUUAUCGAUCUGAAGAAUGUUACUGGAUAUCAGAGAGAAACAACCAUACAUACAAUGAUUGCGAUUUAUACAUGCGCAAAACUACAAUGGCAAGAACAACAUAUGGCUUACAGUCUCGAUCGAGGGCGAACAUGGACUAAAUAUUAUUUGAAUCCAAUUAUUACAUUGAACAGUAGCAUUUCAAAAUCGGAUAUUGUCAAUAUUGAAUCUAUGAAAACCGAUUUUCGUGAUCCAAAAGUCAUGUUUCAUGAAGCGACUUCUUCGUGGAUUUUGGUUUUAACUGGUGGUAAUCAUGUACAAUUUUAUAAAUCUACCGAUCUCAUUCAUUGGACGCUUACGUCUCGUUUUGGUUAUGAACACGUUUCCCAUGACGGCCUUUGGGAAUGUCCCGACUUGAUCGAGUUUUCGUCGACAAGAGUAAAAAAUCAAACUAGCCUAUGGGUUUUAUUAGUAUCUGUGGGAAACAAUGCGAUCGCUGGUGGAACAGGUAUGCGGUAUUUUAUCGGUACAUUCAAUGGAAAUACAUUUCAAAAUCUUCAAUCAUCAGAUACGAUAAACUGGCUUGAUUAUGGACCUGAUUUUUAUGCAGGUAUUACUUAUCAUAAUGUUCCACGAUAUGAUGGAAGACAAAUAAUUAUCUCGUGGAUGAAUAAUUGGCGAUAUGCACAAGACCUUCCGACAGCUCCAUUGUGGCGAGGUGAAAUGAGUAUUCCUCGUCAGUUGAAGCUUGAUUAUAGUUCAUUUACCAAAAAGUAUUUUCUUCGACAAUUACCUGUUCAUGAAGUUUAUUCCUAUUCAAGAAAAGUUUUUAUAUUUCAUCGUCAAGUUCUCAACUCAAGCACGUCAAAUAUCUUACGAAAUAUCUCUAGCCAUGCGUUUAUAAUGUUAACAGAAUUUCAUAACAUUACGAAAGACACAGUUAUACGGUUACAUGUUCGACAAAGUCUUGACAAACGCGAGUAUACAGAAAUUAUAUAUCUAGGUACAACAAAUGAAGUGGAAUUCGAUCGUACUCAUUCUGGUAAUAUCAAAUUUCAUUCUAGCUUUUUUAAAAGAUUUAGAGCACCGCUCGAUGAUGAAACAUUAAUAACAGGUAUUCUGAAGCUACAAAUAUUAGUGGAUCGAUGUUCAGUCGAAGUAUUCAUUAAUGGUGGCAAAUAUACGAUAACAGCUUUGGUCUUUCCUCAAUUUGCAAGUCAACAAUUGGAAUUAUCGGUUGAAGGACAACCCGUUAUAUUGAACUAUAUUGAAUUAGUGCUUUUAUAA